AUGGAUAGCAUUAGAAAACAUAUUGCCUCACCACUUAAAGUUAAUGGUUGUAUGGUAUACUUGUUGUAUUGGUUUGCUGAACACAACAACAGCAUGACGCCAAGCAAUGAACAAGGUUUUCCUAGGUUUCUAAGGUGGGUAAUAAGUGACAUCAGCAAUACAAUAGAGAAAGACAUUAAUGAAGCUAUGAAAAAGAUGCAACCCGGAUGGGUAAAAUCUUGCAGUGAUGAACAACAACAGAUAAUGGAAGUGUACAGAAAGAAUAGGCAAGAAAAUAGCAGAGAUGCACUGAAAGAAAAGUUGUACAAAGCACUACAGCAAAGAGAUGAAGCAUUGGAAGAGCUUUCUAACUUGAAGGUUAAACAUUUGAAGCUUGUUAGCUUCAUUGAAGAAAAAAGAAAAAAACUUUAUGAAGUUGAUCCAACGAAUGUGCAAGAUGAUAAGGAUCUUGUUGAUUUGUUUGUUGACUCCUUACAAGAAAUCAUUUCAUUUAACAAAGCAUUAAAAAGUGAGGAUGAAUGUGAUGAUGAUGAGCAUGAGGAGGAGGAAGGUGAGAAAGGUGAGAAAAGUGGCAAAGUUGAUGAUGUGGAUGACAGUGAUGAUGAUGAUGAUGAUAGUGAUGAUGAUGAGGAAGGUCAGAAAGGCAAGAGAAGUGGCAAAGAUGGUGAUGUGGAUGGCAGUGAUAAGCAGCAGCAGGAGGAGGGUGACGAGGAGGAGGAGGACGAUGGUGGUGUCAAAGGUGGUGAUGAGGAGCAGGAUGAUGAGGAGGAGGGGGAUGAUGGUGGAAAAGGUGGUCAUGAGGAGUAG